GGGCCCCUCGGCCCAGUCCCUGCACCUGGUCCUCAACUCCCUCAACCAGGAGCAGGACGAGGAGAAUGGACGAGCAGUGCACCUGACUCUGCCGCUGUCGUCGUCUCUGCCGGCGUCUCUGUCGGACGAGACGCUGAUGACCCCUGACGUGGAGAACGCGGUCAUCAGCCCCAUCCUGCCCUUCCUGUUCCUGGGCAACGAGCGUGACGCGCAGGACCUGGACCUGCUGCUGCGGCUCAACGUCACCUGCGUGGUCAACGUCACCACUCACCUGCCGCUCUACCACCUGGACACCGGCCUCGUGCGCUACAAGAGGCUGCCCGCCACCGACAACAGCAAGCAGAACCUGCGCCAGUACUUCGAGGAGGUGUUCGAGUUUAUCGAAGAGGCACACCAGAGCGGACGUGGCGUGCUGGUGCACUGUCAGGCUGGCGUGUCCCGCUCGGCCACCAUCGUCAUCGCCUACCUGAUGAAGCACACGCUGAUGACCGCGGACGGCGAUACAGAAAUGGUCGCCUUGACCGCAAAACCGAUGGUCUCACCCAACCUUAACUUCAUGGGCCAGCUGCUCGAGUUCGAGAGGGACCUCAACUCCGGAGUGACCCCUCGCAUCCUCACUCCCAAACUCACGGGCCUGGAGACGCAAGUCUGAGACACACACACACACACACGACAGACAGAGAGAGAGAGAGAGAGAGAGAGAGAGAGAAGAGUUGCAGAGGAGCAAAAGAAAAAAGGAGAAGAAGAGACGGCCGUGUUCAGGUGGAGGCUAGAGGGAGAGAGAGGAAGUCCAGAUUCGCUCGAUUCCUGUGAGUCCACCUCACACCUUCACACGCUGCUUCUAAACCAGGGCACCUGUCUCAUCUGGCGCACCUACACCUGUCUACCUGCGUGACCCGGCUCGACCCAACGGGGGCCUGCCAUCCUCAUCCUCCAUUUGUAACGACGUGCCAAGUUUUUAUAACAAUCUACGAGCACCUGUAAUCCUCCUGCUCUCUCUUUAUCUACCUACUAGUAUUGUGCUACUGUUACGGUUGCCAUGACUACGAUUAUAAUUAUUAUAAUUAUUAUUAACGCUCUGAUCAGUGUGACCGUUAGAACUCAUCAUUCUCUACGCAGUGGACAUCACUGGGGGGUCCAGAGACAGGGCCGCAGACUUAUGAUGCACUUACGGAAACGUACGGAACUUUCUAGAGACCCAGGAACACCUCUCCAACCCAACCUCUAGGAGACCUGUAAGCUGUGGGUUCUGAUUUCACCCUGUCGUCCACAGUGGUUCGAUGUGUUCAGGACCACCGCUCAGUAUAAGGAAACCCAAAAUGACCCGUUUGACCCCUAUGCACUUUACUCCGUCUGCUUUUUGGGGUUUGCUCCGACACACACACACACACACAUACACACACAUACACACACACUUAUUUUUCAGUCUCGUUCACAAAAAUAGUGAAGAAAUAUAAUAUUUGGCCUUUUAUUUUUUUUAUUUUGCCUUCUGUUGUUUUUAAAGAACUGCGGUGUGGUGGUUUUGCUACGACAGGGCGCUGUGCAAUAGAGUGCUGCUCAUCUGGCUGAUGCUGUGAUC